AUGCUGGUUGCCUGCGGCAUGCGGCGGUGUCACCAGGAAGCGCUGAAGAGGAACCGGGUGCUGCUGGCGAAGCAGCUGGUCUUGAAGGAGCUGGUGGAGCACCUAGUGGAGAAGGACAUCGUCACCGCGGAGAUGGUGGAAACCAUACAGGCCAAGUCUGGGAGCUUCAGCCAAAAUGUGGAAUUCCUCAAUUUGCUGCCCAAGAGAGGCCCUAAUGCCUUCGCAGCCUUCUGUGAAGCUCUACGAGAAACCAAACAGCAGCAUCUGGAAGCAGUUAUCUUGAAGACAACAUCUGACCUGAGCCAUGGGAUUGCAAGGCUUGAACACUGUUAUGGAUCCAAUCUUCCGUUCCCUGCCAGUGAGUCAUGUAAUUCAAAGAAACCACGCUGGAUUGAACCAAUGCAACAUUCCUUGGAUAAUGGAGAUGGUCCCCCAGUUCCUCUAGUGAAGUACUGCACUCCUGAAUUUUAUCAUGAUCAUCAGCACUUGGCAUACAAACUGGUAUCAGAGCCCCGAGGCUUAGCACUUGUUCUCAGCAACGUCCAUUUCAGCAGUGAGAAGGACUUGGAGUAUCGUGCAGGGGGAGAUGUGGACUGUGCUUCCCUGGAGAUGCUUUUCAAGCAUCUUGGGUAUCGAGUGACAGUCUUUCAUGAUCAAACUGCACAGGAGAUGCAGAAUGCAUUGGAGAGAUUCUCUAAGCUGCCAGAUCAUCGGGAUGUGGAUUCCUGUAUUGUAGCUUUACUUUCCCAUGGUGUGGAGGGUGGGGUUUAUGGCAGUGAUGGCAAACUACUACAGUUGCAGGAGGCUUUCCGGCUCUUUGAUAACGCAAACUGUCCAAAUCUCCAGAAUAAGCCCAAAAUGUUCUUUAUUCAGGCCUGCCGGGGAGAUGAGACGGACCGGGGAGUGGAUCAAAGAGAUGGGAAAGAAUGGUCAGAUUCCCCAGGCUGUGAGGAAAGUGAUGCAAAUAAGGAGGAAAAUCUCAAGCUGCGUCUGCCUACGUGCUCUGAUAUGAUCUGUGGAUAUGCUUGUCUGAAAGGUACUGCGGCCAUGCGAAACACCAGGCGCGGAUCCUGGUAUAUCGAGGCUCUCACCUCUGUGUUUGCAGAGGACUCCCGGGACACUCAUGUGGCUGACAUGUUGGUGAAGGUGAAUAGGCAAAUCAAGCAACGAGAAGGUUAUGCCCCAGGCACAGAAUUUCACCGCUGCAAGGAAAUGUCAGAAUAUUGUAGCACACUCUGUCGGGACCUUUACCUGUUUCCUGGCUAUCUGCCAGGAAAAUAA